AUGCGGCUCCUGUUGAGCUUAUUGUACUCCUUCCUGUCUCUGACCAUCUUCGGAUUGUACCCAUCCAUGACCACCGGGCCAAAAGAGGGCUGGCAGGUGUACAGCUCGGCCCAGGACGCCGACGGGCGCUGUAUCUGCACUGUAGUGGCCCCAGAACUCAAUUUAUGCUCCAGAGAUGCUAAGAGCAAGCAGCUUCGCCAUCUCCUAGAGAAGGUGCAGAACAUGUCUCAGUCCAUUGAGGUGCUGAACCUGAGAACCCAGAGGGACUUUCAGUAUGUGAUGAAGAUGGAGAACCAGAUGAAAGGCCUGAGGACCAAAUUCCGGCAGAUUGAAGAUGACAGGAAGUCCGUCAUGGCCAGAAGUUUCCAGGAGCUUCAAGACAAGAUGGAUCAGCUGAAGCCUCUGAUCCCUGUGUUGGAGCAGUACAAGAUGGAUGCUGCACUCGUUUCUCACUUCAAGGAGGAGAUCAGGAAUUUAUCAACGGUGUUAACAAGCAUCCAGGAGGAACUUGGUGUCUAUGACUAUGAUGAGCUCUAUCAACGACUACUGCGACUGGAUAACAGGCUCCGCAGCUGUAUGGGCAAGUUAACGUGCGGAAAGUUAAUGAAAAUCAAUGGUCCUGUUACAAUAAAGACUUCUGGAACCCGCUUUGGGGCAUGGAUGACUGAUUCACUUACAACUACAAGGCACAACAGAGUUUGGUACAUGGAUGGUUAUACCAAUAGUAAACUCGUGCGAGAGUUCAAGACAAUGGAGGACUUCACGGCAGGAGUGGUGGCCCGCACUUACAGCCUUCCGUUCAAAUGGGAGGGCACCAAUCACAUUGUUUACAAUGGGUCGCUUUACUACAACAAAUACCAGAGCAACAUCAUCGUCAAGUACAGCUUCGAGACGGGCACCGUGCUGGCCCAGCGAACUUUGGAGUUUGCUGGUUUCCACAACAUGUACCCGUACACGUGGGGAGGGUAUUCGGACAUUGACGUCAUGGCGGAUGAACUGGGAAUGUGGGUUGCGUAUGCCACCAACCAAAACGCUGGAAACGUCGUCAUUUCCCAGCUCGAUCCGGACACGCUGCAGGUGCUGAACACUUGGAACACAGAAUACUCCAAAAGGAAUGCAGGGGAGUCGUUCAUGAUCUGCGGGACACUCUACGUUACCAACUCUCACCUAUCAGGAGCAAAGGUUUACUACGCUUACUCGACAAAGACUUCAACAUAUGAGUACAUAGACAUUCCGUUUCUCAAUCAGUACUUCCAUAUCUCCAUGCUUGACUACAAUGCCAGAGAGAGAGUGUUAUAUGCCUGGAAUAAUGGGCACCAGGUCAUAUUCAACAUCAGUCUAUUCCAUGUCAUAGAAAGCGAUGAUGGUGCCAGAAAAUGA